CGCAAGAGAGAGACGCAAGAGAGAGUGGCAACACUGUUAUCGGAGCUCCGUCGAGUUCAUCAUCCAAAUCCUAUUUUCUUACUAUCUUGUUACUAUCUAUAUAAUAUAACUUACUAGUUCAUCUUAGGAAUACUUUAGCGUGACGAUUAUUCAACAGUAUUUAUAACUAAAUCGAUUUAUCACUGGUAAACACUUAGUGUUAGCAUAUAGCCCGCUAGCUUCAACAAACGUGCCGGCUGAAGUUUGUUUACCGUUUCCUCACUGUUUGUUUACUGUAAAUCUGCCUUCCUUUUCGAUCUAAUGGCGGACUCAUCCGAUGUAUGUUUUUCAGACCUUUCCUCACCAGAGCGGGAAGCUGUGGAGGAGUUGUGUCCCGGCAUUAGCACCAGGCGGUACAGCGUGCCUCACAUCACCCUGGCUCCUGACACCCGGAGACGUACGAGGCAGCCAGCGAGCGAGCACCGGUCUCGAUGCAGCUUCACGGACCGUGUUCAGGUGAACAGAGACGCCAUCGCCCAAAAUGAAAACGGUAAGACUCCGCUUGUCAUUGUAACCUGCACUGCUUGCCACAUGUACAGUUUAGCUUCUUCCGUCAGCACAGAGGGGUUUACAUGUGUUAAGUGUAUUGAAGUAGUAAGGCUGACGGAGAAGGUUGCAGAACUAGAAGCGCACAUCCGAACGCUUGUUGAGGACAGUAAGACCGCUAAUGCUAAUAUUAAUGUUUCAAACACUGUUUCGGGUGCGCCUACGGUAACGCGUAGUACACAUAGCUCGGUUCCGGCAACUGAUUUAACACGGCCGACUAACUGGGUGACUGUCAGGCGGCGUAGUCAUAUUCGAUGCCCAUCGAAGUCCCCCCUAGUAAUUUCUAACAGAUUCGACAUUCUAAACAAUACACCGGCUGAGACAUCUGUUAAAGGUGCCCUUGUUAUUGGAGACUCGAUACUUAAGAACGUGAACAUUGAGGCACCAGCCACCAUAGUUGACUGUAUACCGGGAGCCAGAUCGUCAGACAUUAGAUCCAAACUUAAAGUACUGGCUAAUGCUAAGCGUAAGUUUUCUAAAAUUGUUAUUCAUGCCGGCGCAAAUGACACCAGACUCCGCCAGUCAGAGAUCACCAAAGAUACUAUUAAAGAGGUGUGUGAAAUUGCAAAAACAAUGUCAGAUAAUGUAAUUUGCUCUGGUCCCCUCCCCGCCUACCGGGGUGAUGAAACUUUUAGCAGAUUAGUGUCUCUUCACCACUGGAUGUCAAAAUGGUGCCCUCAGCAUAACGUAGGGUUUAUAGAUAAUUGGAAACACUUCAGGGGGAGACCUGACCUGCUAAAGAGAGAUGGCCUUCAUCCGUCAUCGGAAGGAAAUGCUAUACUCUCUAGAAAUCUGACCAAUACUCUAAAUUCUAAUACAGUUUGACUACCCAGGGCCCAGGUCAGGAAACAGAUAGAUCGGCCUACCCGUCCAUCUGUUAGUAGCUCUGACAUGUCAAGAUCACAUAUAUCCCAGAACUUAGAGUCUAUCUUACCAGAGUAUCAACACAUUUCAACUGUGUGCGUUCCUCGAACAAACGAAUACAGAGCACCGUUUACCUCGUCUCGUACAAAUCUUACUAACAUAAAAUUAGAAAACAAUACGUUUACAGAUGAACCUCGAAUGUUAAAAUUCGGCCUUCUUAACAUUAGAUCGCUUACCAAUAAAGAACCCAUUGUCAAUGAAAUAAUUACUGACCAAAACUUAGAUGCACUCUCUUUAACAGAAACCUGGCUUAAAGCAGACGAUUACAUUAGUUUAAACGAAUCCACCCCACAAGACUACUAUUAUAAACAUGAACCGCGUUUAAAGGGGAGAGGGGGUGGUGUAGCUACAAUAUACAAUUUUUUUUUAAAGUAAACCAUAAAUCCGAACUAAAAUUUAAUUCAUUUGAAAUAAUGCUAUUAAAUAUGGAAAUAACUGAUCGUAACCAUAAACAGCUCUCUUUUGUCCUUGCUACAAUCUAUAGACCUCCGGGCCAUCAUGUAGAUUUUCUUAAAGAAAUAUCAAAUUUCCUGUCUGACCUCGUAGUCACUGUAGAUAAAGCUCUUAUCGUUGGUGACUUUAAUAUACAUGUUGAUAACCCAACAGAUACAUUAGGAUUAGCAUUUAUGGAUAUUCUAAAUUCUCUCAAUAUUAGACAAAACGUGACAGGGCCCACGCAUACUCAUAGGCACACAUUAGACUUAAUUCUGUCACUCGGGCUCAAUAUUAAUGAAAUCGAGAUAUCACCUCAGAGCGAUGCAGUUUCAGACCAUUGCCUUGUCUCAUACACGG